UAAAGUUUGAGGAAGUUGCUGCUUGAAAGCUCAGCAGUCUUCUGUUGGGAUGGAAAGAGAUGAGGACACAAAUAGGGGUUUGUUAACUUCAGCUCACAACCCCUCCUUCUCCUCCUGUCUUGUUUACCUGCUUGGAGUGUUUCAAAGGAGUGCUCUGUUCAUUUAUGAGGAAGGGGGCAGGGAGAGUGUCGAAGAGAGGGAAACUGACACCCCACCUCCUCUCAAACGGGGAAAAAGGAAUAAAAAGCUGAGGACGACCCUCAUCAAUCAUAAACUUUUUUUUGUCUUAGUCUCUGUAUUUUCUGCAUUCUGAUAUGGCUUUCAGGCUGUUUUUAGCUCUCUCUGUGAUGCUUUUCCUGACAGCCUGUGAAGCUGGAAAGCAGAUGCCCAAACUAUCGAAUAAGAAACUCUGCGCUGACUCCGAAUGCAGUCAUCCGAUCCUCAUAGCCCAGGCGCUUCAGGACUACUACCCUGGAGACUGCAGGUUCAUCCCCAUCCGACAGGGGCAGCUCGUCUAUGUUUAUGCAAUGCUAAAAGACAGAGGGAAUCUCUUCUGGGCUGGCAGUGUACAAAACACAUAUUAUGGAGAACAGGAGGCUCGCAUUGGUCACUUCCCUAGCAGCGUUGUGGAGGAAACACAUGCUCUCAUGCCAGCAACCACUGAAGUCAAAACAACCAACUGGGACUUCUACUGCAACUGAUGUUGAAUGGACACAGAGAAAACAACAAUAAGGAAGGGCUUUCCUUAACACAUAAUUAUGGUCAAAUCCAUGUUAGCUCAUCUCUGAUAAAGUCUUUAUUAUUAAAUGAUUGAUGGGUGUCAGAAAUUGCAUUCUGAUAACCUUUUCAAAUAGAUCAUUGAUUUCAAGAUAGAGUUAUUUUGCUCUUUCUGUUAUACAUCAAACUUGGGCUCUUCUUUCAUGUUUUUCUAUGUUCUUGUUAUUUGGUAUUUAAGUGAUAUUUACUUUAUACACCAUGACUUAACAGGAUUCAAUCAGAUUUUCUGUCAAAAUUAAAUAAAAAAAUAUAUUGCAAUUAACUUAUCUGUAUUUAAACAUGUAACCAUCUUUAUCUUAAAUUAUUUAGAAGAUAGUCAUUCUACAUAUGCUAUCUGUGACACAUUGGCUUUUCAUACUUUGUUUUAUAGAUGAUAAACAUUUCAACAAAAACAGUAAAAAAUUUGUCCUUUUUUUAGGUUGAGUUGGCAGGAGAUUUCACUUGGAUAUGCUGCACGAUAUGAUGGUGAAAUAUACAUCUUUUAAAUAAAUAUAUAUAUUUUUGUUUUGUUUUAACUGUUUUAUGCUUAGACAUACAGAACAUACAGAACAUUUGGAUUUAAAUAAUUUUUUCAAGACAAGGUCAAUUUCUACUAUCUGGCAGUAAUUCGAUUUUUUUGUUUUGAUUGUGUCAUCAUUUGUAAAACAGCAAUAAAAUGUUUGCCACA